AUGCUUCAGAUACUCUUCUUAUCUGCUCUUACUGUCUCAGCAAUUUUGAAUUUUGUAGGACUCGUUGUAAAUCUGUUUAUCGUAGUGGUCAACUAUAGGACUUGGGUCCAAAGCCACAGAAUCUCCUCUUCUAAUAGGAUCCUGUUCAGCUUGGGCGUCACCAGAUUUAUUAUGCUAGGACUGUUUCUCCUGAACAUUAUCUACCUGUUCACCUCUCCACAUGUCGAAAGGUCAGUCCACCUCUCCACUUUUUUCCUGUUGUGUUGGAUGUUUUUGGAGUCUACUAGUCUCUGGCUUGUAACCUUGCUCAAUGCCUUGUACUGCGUGAAGAUUACUGACUUCCAACACUCAGUAUUCCUCCUGCUGAAGCGAAAGCUGUCCCCAAAGAUCCCCAGGCUGCUGCUGGCCUGCGUGCUGAUCUCUGCCUUCUCCACUCUCCUGUAUGUUGUGCUCACACAGACACCACCCUUUCCUGAGUUUCUGACUCGGAGCAAUGGUACAGUGUGUGACAUCAAUAAGAGCAUCUUGUCUUUGGUGACCUCCUUGGUCCUGAGCUCCUUUCUCCAGUUCAUCAUGAAUGUGACUUCCACUUCCUUGUUAAUACAUUCCUUGAGGAGACAUAUACAGAAGAUGCAGAAAAACGCCACUGAUUUUUGGAAUCCCCAGACUGAAGCUCAUGUGGGUGCUAUGAAGCUAAUGAUCUAUUUCCUCAUCCUCUACAUUCCAUAUUCACUUGCUACCCUGCUACAGUAUCUCCCUUCCGUACGGAUGGAUUUGGGAGCCACAUCCAUCUGUAUGAUUAUUUCCACCUUUUAUCCUCCAGGACAUUCUGUUCUCAUUAUUCUCACACAUCCUAAACUGAAAACAAAAGCAAAGAAGAUUCUUUGUUUCAACAUAUGGUGGAAUUUCAGUAGUAAAUAG